AUGAAAUCAGCAGGAGAGAGAAGGAGUGAAAAAUGGGAGUGGCCGCUGGAUCAAUUGAUAAACCUAUGGAGAAAACCUUUUUUUCCUGAGUUUGUGUACACAGGUUUAAUCCAUCAUUUUCUGAUUUCUGGGAAUGAAGAACCAGAAGCACCAAUGUCUCUUGCAAUAGAUGCUAUAAUAAGAGUAUUCAAACGCAUCAAUGGACUACAUGAGAAUGAUGGUGAUGGUGAGGUCCUUGGUAUUGCUGGGAUUGCAUUUUGUUCGAUUCGGUUAUUAGUGGCAUCCUCCCAUGGCAUUAGUUUAAUAGGAAAACAAGGCUCUAAGUAA